GGGCCCUGCCAGCUGGGUGCCUCUAGGAGGCUGGGGGGGGAACGACACUGGCCUAGGCAGGGCCCCGCUGGGUGGCGCCUACAGAUUUAAGCCUCUUAAGAGUCUGGAGAAAAUGGCAGAGACAGCAGCAGAGCCUUCUGGCAGCUUGUUGUUCACUCAGACACUCACAGUCACACUGUCCUGGCUAGCCUUAAGGACCAGAGAGAGAGAGGCUUUCUCUGUGGUAUUACUUUAAUUGUGGAGAAUGUGCAUUUCUGAGUCCACAAAGCUUUACUUGCUGCCAGUAGCGAAUAUUUCUCAAUGAUGUUUGUGGAAGUGGGCGAGAUUGGCCAGUCUAUUUAUAUGUUGGAAGGCAUGGUUGCAGACACCUUUGGUAUUCUGCUGGAAUUUAUCUAUACAGGGUAUCUACAGGCCAGUAAGAAAACUACAGAACAGAUCCUGGCUACUGCUCAGUUCUUAAAAGUCUGUGAUCUGGUAAAGGCUUACCCAGACUUCCAGACUAACCAUAGCUCUCCAAAGCCGCUGGCUCUGAACGGCACUGGUACUCCAGUGGUUGUUAUUUCUAGUAAGAAGAAUGAUUCUCUAAAACGGAAGCAGGGAAGACCAAGAAAGGGCAAUAGUGUGCGAGAGGGGAAAUCAGAACUCGCUUCAGAGGAAGACAUGCAGCUCAGAAUGAACAAUUCAGUUCAGAAUAGACAAAACUUGGUGGUUAAAGAAGGAGACGGUGUGGAGCUGAGUGCACAGAUCCCAAAGGAAAAGGCCUCUGAAUCCGCUGGUGAGCCAGGUAGAGUGGAGGAGAUGCUCGCUGAGGAUGAGAACUGUGACCCCAAGGCUUAGGAUGGACAGGAUAGCCUGAGUAGGCACAGCAAGUGGAGGAUUCAGAGAUCUGUUAAACUUAAAGAUUACAGACUCAUUGGAGAUGAAGACGACCAGUGUUCAGCCCAGAGGAUAUGAGGGGAAAAAAGCGCGCCAGUGGUCCUGAGGCCUGGUGUAAAGACUGUGGCAAAGUCUUUAAGUAUAAUCACUUUUUAGCAAUCCACCAAAGAUGCCACACUUAGAGCAACUUGUUGAGAAAUUUGGAGUUGUGGUCAUGACAGUAUUUAUUUAUUGUUCAAUUUCUAUAUGAUAGGCAUUAUAAUAAAGCCUUCUUACAUGCCAUUUUAUAUAGGUCUCUUAGUAAUCCCACAAUAGGUAAUAUCUCGUGUACAGAUCCAGUCUGACUUUGAGCAGGCUCACCCAUGCCAUGAUAACCCAGCCAACCUGAUUCAGAACCCUUGGUUUUUGUUUUGUUUUUUGUUUGUUUGUUUUCUUAUCAAGUUAUUAAGCACCUCCUGCCUUUUGAUUUGUGAAUGUUCCUCAUCUUGGCAGAAACAUUCUCUUGCCCUGUUCUACAGAUGUCUUUAUAGUUUAGCCAUCUUGUAAAUAUUCCUCCUUUUGGAUAUCUCUGACUCAGCGUUGGUAUUUGUCCACCUUGUUACUGAAAUGUCCUUUGUCCUCUCUAUGGCCAAUAUGGCAGCCACUAGCAACACAGGGACCCUUUUUCCUCUUAUACAGUACUGAGGAUGGAACCCAGGGUUUAGGUGCAUGCCAGCCAAGCAUUUUACAGCUGAGCUCUAUCCCAGCCCUACAUAAAUUUUAUCACUUGAGUUUUAGAUAGCUAGACUGAGAAACUGAAUUUUAAUUUUGUUGUUUGAAUAACCACAUAUGUCUGAUGGCUACCAUAUUGGACAAGGUAUCUAGCAGAAAUUCUCGAGUUCUUUCUUGAGCUGUUUGAUUUCAGGUCAGGUUGUAAUUGUCACUUGUAAGCUUAUGUAUAGGGGCUAGUGUUUUAAAUUUUGCUGUCCCAUGACUUAGUGGCCCCUGCUGCUGUGUUUCUGAGCCUGCACAUUAGAACCACCCAGAGCUUCUGCAGCUCCCUGUGCUCCUCCACACGCAGGCUUCUGGUUGACUUGUCUGGGUUGGCCAUGUUUGAAGUUUCCCAGAGAUGGAGCUCUGUCCAUAGAGUGCAUGUACAAAGCCCUGGCGUUAUUCCCCAACACCACAGAAACGGGGCAAGGUUGCAUGUUCUGUGAUCCCAGCACUCCACAGGUAGAGACAGUAGGAUCUAAAGUUCAGGGUCAUCCUUGGCUGCAAGGCAAGCCAGUGAUACAUGAGGUGCUCUCUCAAAAAAGAAAGCCCCUCAGAAAUUAUGUAUAUUGAAAACUUGAAUUAGGGUACUUUGGACAGAACAGAAUCCCAACUAUGUGUUGAACUGUGGUGGGUUCUAUUUUAUUUUUUUCUAAUGGGCUCUGUAACUAGUAGAUUCGAAUACUAGAUUGUAUUGUAGCUAUUUUUAUCCAAGUUGUGCAUAAUUUAAAGCAUUACAUUGUUCAGUGAAACUUAAGGAGAAAAAAAUAUGUGUUGUGCAAAAGCCAAAGGUUCUGUUUGUUCAACAGAAGUAGGCUUUUUUUGGUUUUGAGUUUACUUAAACUCCUCUAAUUAUUCUCAAAGUUGACAGACUUAAGUCCAGAAUCAAAUCCCUGACUUCUCUGGUCUAUGAGUCAUCUUAGGGUAGUAGAGUAAAGGGGUCUAGUGACAGGAGUGAGCAUGGGGAUGUGAGUGGACUCAGUGCAGGCUGCAAGAACCCUUUGAGUUGUCCUGAAAUCCCCUUUCCACCCUGGCCUGAUCUCUACUAAGAGCAACAUUCCUCUUUCCUGUGAUGGACAAAAAUGGUACCUCUAAGGCUUUAUCCAUGUUCCCUGCUAAUACCGUUCCUAGGAGAAGCAGAGAAGAAAACUGUGUUUGUGAAAGUCUGUUGGGUGUCAUGACUUUAGCAUUUCAAUCUUCCCUUCCAUCCAGGAGACCAAGGCUCUGAGUUAAGUGAAUCCUUCUAGUGAGUAACAGGACAUGGGAUUUAAAUUCAAGUUUGCCAGACUCCAUAGCUCACAUAAGGAAAAGUAACAAUGGAAAACACAUGUCUAAAAAUAGCUUUAAAUGUACCAAACAGAUCAUUAAUAACAGAUGACAGAUGAGAAAAGGCAUAGGAUAUAAUCCUAAUAAGAUAAGAGAAAAUGUCUCUGCUUUCAGAAGGUCAAAGCUCAGGUCAUAAUCGAUAUUUAUC